UGCGCUCUGAGUUCUAUAUAAACGGGAAGUGAGGCCAUUUCAAUCCAUCCCAAACUCCUCCACAACCAUAGGAGUGUGCCAUGGUUUCUCAAGUCCCAACUAGGAAGCAAUUCUAGCAACACCAACUUGAACUAGGUUAGAGGGUAAUCGAAGCAAGAAAGCCACCAUAUUCACUCUAAGGAAGGAUUGCCCUAUACUGCGUCACCCAACUCCAACUAUAGUCAAAUCCCAACUACUCUUCUUCCACCCUUUCUUUCCCAAAACUUCUACUCAUCCACCCCCUCCAUUCCGCCGGUCCCCCAAAUCCCAAACCAAAGAAAACAAAAUGGGCAAUGGCAUCUCAAAAAACACAUGCUUCUCUGGCGAAACCUAUGCGCCAGCUGUCUCAUCGGACCCAGUACCCGGCGACAUCCAUGGACACUCCUUCAAGUAUGUGCCAACGGCCGUCGCCUUCGACAAGUCCCCAAUGGCUAAUGUGCUCUCAUCAAAAACACCCCUCUUCUCUUUAUUCGGAGCGGCCAUCAAUGCCAACCAAGCGACAUCAUCAUCAAUACCGUCGUUCCGCCUGCUUAAUGAGUUGAUGGUGCCGCAAUCAUCUGUGUGCACCGUUAAGAGCUCGUGCUCCUCCGCCGCUGCACCAGUCCAGGCCCAACCAACUAGGUUGUCCUUUUCUGGCCACUUCUUGGACUCAUCCGGCACCGUAUCCCCUAUCUCCAACCAGCUGUCAAGGCGGCCCUUCAUGUCAGGUAUGCUAGACCACUCCUUCUCAUCGUCCUCCCCCUUUGUUAGUCACCGGGACAGUGUUUCUCAUCUGAUGGUUGAACACGGUGCCAUAGGCUCUCAGUGUUGCAAUGAGCAACCUCUCAAAAAAUCCUUAGCCACAGUCGGCUCCAGGCUCGAUUUCAGUGUGCCACGCAACAACCUCCUAUCAAAGGGUCCUACUGAGGUGUCAAAUAUGGAUUCCUUUGGUGAUGGGGGUCACCGCUCACCACCGAUCGAUAAUGUGCAGUGGGCUCAAGGCAUGGCCGGCGAGGACCGGUUCCAGGUGGCGGUCUCAGAGGAGCGUGGGUGGGUGUUCGUGGGGAUUUAUGAUGGCUUCUUCGGUCCCGAUGCGACCGACUACCUCUUUGCGAACCUCCACGUCGUUGUGCACCACGCACUCAAGGGUGUGCUCUCGGACAACAUCCAGUGCAAUGAGCCGACAACCAAUUCUGGUAAUCUCUUUUCCCUAAAUGGAGGCAAUCAUAGCCCGGAAUUUGAACGUAAGCCGGCGAAGAGGGGUCGGACAGAACAUCCGGAGAAGAACAAUUCUGCCAUGUCUGGGGGCAGCCCAACGAUGCACCAGAGAGUCCUUGGGGCACUGGCUUGGGCGCUGAGGGAGACGGAGGAGGCAUUUUUCAAGGCAGCAGAGGAGGGUGCGGCCGACAACCCGGAGAUUGGGCUGAUGGGGUCAUGCGUACUAGUGAUGCUGAUGAAGGGCGAGAACGUGUAUGUGAUGAAUGUCGGGAACAGUCGUGCCGUGUUGGCGAGAAGGCCGGAGCCCAAUCUUGAUAACAUCCUCGGCAAGGCGACAGAGAAGGAUCUGCAGCAGUUGAAGGCCGAGAUCAUGGAUGGCCUACAGUCCGUGCAGCUCAACGCUGAACACAGUACCUCCGUUGAGGAGGAGGUAAAGAGGAUCAAGGCCGAACAUAUUGAUCGCAACGCCAUCAUCCACGGCAGAGUGAAGGGGAAACUCAACAUCACCAGAGCAUUCGGGGCUGGCUACCUGAAGGAGCCAAAGUGGAACAGUAUGUUGUUAGCGUGCUUCAAGAUUGAUUACAUCGGCAAGGACCCCUACAUCAAUUGCAUCCCAUCACUGCACCACCACCGUAUCGGUCCAAACGACAAGUUCCUGGUGUUGUCGUCCGAUGGGCUCUAUCAGUAUUUCACCAACAAAGAGGUGGUUGAUGAGGUAGAGAUGUUCACAGCUGCGUAUCCCAAGGGCAAUCCUGCUGAGCAUCUCAUCCGAGAAGUGUUACUUCGGGCUGCAAGGAAGGCCGGUAUGGACUACCAUGAACUGCUCAACAUAUCCUAUGACGAAAGGAGGAGGUACCAUGAUGACGUUUCCAUCAUCGUGAUCUCAUUCAAAGCACAUGCACCAUGAACAACAACCUUGUUAGGUCUUUGUUUUCCUUCUCUUGAGAAUAAUGUUCCUUUAUCGCCGAAAGCCCGAAACUGAUAUGCAUAGUUCUAGUAGUAUGCUUAUGUAAUAAGGUUUCCCGGCAAUGGUGAUGGAAAGAAUAGGCGAAACUAUAUAAGCUCAAUAAGAAUGUUAUGUUUGUUCCUUUGCCUA